GCAGGAGGAGCUGAUGCCUGGAACCGAGGACACACGAUGCUGGUGCAGACGCGUGGCCUUCUGGUGGAGCCGGCAGUGAAGAGGUUAGCUCCCUGGCCUGGGCAGGGGAUAAAUUCAGGUCCUGGUCCUGCCCCCCGGGACCUGCCUGUCACAAUGGCUGCAGGGACCGUCCUGCUGGGCUCUCUGCUGCUGCUGCUGUUGCUGCAGCCAGGCCUGGCCUGGGGGGCCACAGUGGCUGAUGAAGAGUUCCCAUCUGAGCAGGCGGCAGAGGCUGAAGGGACCCGGAGGCCACAGCUGGACGGCCUGGUGCUGGCACGGCUGCGGAGCCAGGGCCGAGCCCAUGGCGGGCCCUGCUGCCGGCCCACCCGCUACGUCGACCUGGCCUUCCUUGAUGACCGUCACCGCUGGCAGCGGCUGCCUCAGCUCUCAGCGGCCGCUUGUGGCUGUGGCGGCUGAAGGUGCCCAUCCAGGGCCUGGGAGCUGUCGGCAGGGAGCUCGGCUGAGUUAUUUAUUGGAGACUGGGGUGUGGAGAAGACGAUAAGGGGAGGGGGGCUGGGGCGGCCAAAAGGGCACAAUAAAAGCCACCACCCUCCUGGCCUGUGACCGUG